UACAAUAAUUUGGUGACAAUUACAAUGUCAUAGAAAUGCACAGAAGCUGUGAUGUGUUAAUAAUUGAGAAUAUCCAUAUUCUGGUUUAGGUAGCGAUGAUGGCAAUGAAAGAUGAUAAGUCUAUUAUAUGUACUGAAUUCCAUUAGUCUAAUGGAAAAAUUUUGGUGAGUUUGUACGUUGCGCUGCUUCUCCAUUAUUAUGCAAAUAAAAAGCCAUGGCUCGCCUCCCUGCCAUUCCAUUUCUCACUUUUGCUAUCCUUAUAAACUCUUUCCUGCUCAUAUCUCCUGCACCCAACCACACACAAGGUACAUGUGCAUUGGAUUUCAAUGCAUCCCAAUAUGAGUAUAUGCCAUUUGGUGAAUGUGGAAGUGUCAAAGAAGAUAUAACAAACUGGGGUAGCACUAGUGAUGGUUUCCCAACUACUGUCUGCUGCAGAAAUUCCCUUACCCUACUCUCCGACGCCCUCGCCUCGCAAGUCCGUAACUCGACCGGACAAAUCUUUCUUUCUCAACAACAAUGGCAGAGUUGCAACAAAUCAUUCCAUCCGCAACAAGGGAUGUCUCUAUCUUCAUGUGGCUUUGAUAACAUUUACCUUGGUAGCUCCAAAUGCUCCAACUUAUAUUUGCUUGAUGCUCAGAACUUGCAACAGUUCACAGAUGCAUUGCAAAAAUGUAGCCACUUUGAUCAUUCGUUUGAAGAGUCGUGUCUGGAUUGUACGAGCGCGAUUUUGAGCUUACGAGAUGGUUUGUAUGAUAAAAUGGUUGGUAAGGACAACUACAAUGAUACCGAGAGAGCCAUAUGUGGCGUAGCAGCUCUUGUUUCUGUUGCUUUUGAACAACAAGAUGAUCCUUUCCUUGCUGACAAAUUCCUGCGAUGCUUUCCGCCUCCAGCAGUAUAUAACAAGAAAUCAUCGAUGAAGAAACUUGUGUUGGGAGUAUUGGUGGUAGCGAUCCUAGCAUUAUUGAUUAUUGUUUUUCUGGUAAAAUGUGUAUCAAAGAAGAAGCCUGUUAAGAAGCAUGCUCAGUUGAAACAGAUAGCUACUUGGUCUGGAUUGUACUGGUUCACGAAAACCGAAAUUGAAAAUGCGAUGAAUUUUGAAAAUGAAAAGAUAAACCUUGGACGUGGGAGUGCAGGCGAGGUGUAUAGAGGCGUUUUGCCUAGUGGUCAAGUUGUGGCAAUCAAGCAUUUGAUAAAGAGUAACACGUCGAGUUCUGAUUCGUUCACCCGAGAACUUGCAGGCCUUUCUAGGCUUCGUCACCCGAACCUGGUUUGCUUGUUUGGUUGUUGCAUGGAAGAUGGCGAGAGAUAUUUAGUCUACGAGUUUUGCGCAAAUGGAAAUCUUGCUCAACAUCUCUUGAGAAGAGAUAGUCAUUUGACAUGGGAAGCAAGAGUGAGGAUUCUGCGAGAAUGUUCAUUUGCACUUAAGUAUCUCCAUCAUCACAUCGAGGGUUGUGUUGUACAUAGAGAUAUCAAGCUUACGAACAUUCUCUUGACUGAGAAAUACGAAGCCAAACUGUCGGAUUUCGGACUGUCAAGGAUGAUGGGAAUGGAAGAGAGCAAGGUUUUCACUGAUGUUAGAGGAACCAUAGGUUAUAUGGAUCCCGAGUACAUGAGUAAUGCGAAGCUAACUUGCGCAAGUGAUGUAUACAGUUUCGGAAUCGUUGCUUUGCAAAUUCUGUCGGGACAGAAAGUCAUAGAAUUGGAUCUCGAUGCGAGAGACCAGCUCACCAGAAAGGCAAGAGAUGUGAGUAUGGGAAAGCGUCCACUGUCAGAUUUUGUAGACUCGCGACUAAAGGGACAAGUUGAUAAGACGGAUUUCGGAACUAUUUUACAGAUUGCAGUACUUUGUGUUGCAAAAUCAAGCACCGGUCGUCCAUCAAUUGAGGUCGUUUUUGACGAAUUGGACAAAGUCUAUAGGGACAUAGAAGCACGCAAGAAGACAACCCCAACACCAUCAACAACAACAUCAACAUCCAGCUCUAAUUGACGCCUCUAUUCACGUGUAUGAUUAAAGUUGAAGAAGUGAAACGGAAAAAUAGAAGACGAAUAUGUACAUUACGGUACAUAUAAUAUACUUUCAGCAUACAACUAUCACGACUGUGUUAAAGAAGUGUGACAUGUUUCCCUUGUAUUUCGCUCGCUCGCUCGCAGAUCUUUAGGUGCACCUAGAAAAUGUGUUGGAGCCAUAAAAAAAUAUCGUACUACAGCAAAAGAAAGAAAUGUUGUUGCAGUCAUUCAGAUCUUCGAUUCAGAAGCGUGUUAUAGACUCGAAGCAAUAGAAAUUUGAAUCGCAUCUACGUUAUCUGUCUUUAUUUUAUUAUAAUCUAUAUGGCAUAGUUCAGAUUUCAC